UCGGCGAUCUUGCUGUUGCGGUUGUUGUGCCUGUUUCGAACGGCACAAUUAUUGUGAGAAUUUUCUCAAAGAGCAGUUUCAGUUCGGAUACUCUGCGUGUUUUUGUCAUUAUCAUAUCCCUUCUUAUCGACUCGUCAUAUUUGAGCCCCCUUUGUCCGAUGAUGAUUGGGGUUGUAGUCUAGAGGACAACUCCGUCAAUCCCCAGGAAAACCACGUUCCGCAUCCUACACAAUGUGGCGGGAUCGCACGAAUCUUUACAUCUCCUACCGCCAGUCAUUCACUCACCACCCAGCAAAGAAGCCACGUUAUAUCGGCCCGUCCAAUGGCUUCUCCGAUACCCCUUCGCAGUCCGACGAAAGUCGCAGGUUGAUUUCGGACUCUGGAGGAUUUGACGACGAUGGCGAUGCGAUCAUUGAGAUGGAUGUGCUGCCUCCGCGAUGGGUGGAUGUGCAGGAUGAAGUGACGGAGUUAUUGGCGGACAUUGCGCAGAAGUCGGCCCAACUGGACAAAUUACACCAUAAGCAUCUGCUCCCAAGUUUCGGUGAUGAGGAGGUUAGGAAGCAAGAAGAAGGGGUUAUCGAGAAGUUCACGCGGGAUAUCACAAAGGGUUUUCAUGACUGCCAGAAGGCUGUGCAGAGGAUAGAAAUGAUGGUGCGCGAGGCCAAGCAGCAGGGUGGAGUUACGAAUGGUGAUGAGACAAUGGCAAAAAAUAUCCAAAUAUCUCUUGCUGCACGUGUUCAAGAGGCUAGUGCCCGGUUUAGGAAGAAGCAGAGCACAUACCUGAAGAAACUACGAGGACUGGAGGGGGCAGCGGCACCAUUUGAUCGAUCCUCGACCCCAAUGCAAAACCCCUACGCGGAACCGUCCUUGAUGGAAUCAGACGCAGACAAGUCCUUUUCGCAAUCUACUCUAAUGCAAACCUCCCAACGGGUCACGGGCCAGAACGAUGCGGCGAUAGAGCAACGAGAGCGUGAAAUCAACGACAUCGCAAAGGGCAUCAUCGAAUUGUCAGAUAUCUUCCGAGAGCUCCAAGCAAUGGUAAUUGACCAAGGAACUAUGUUGGAUCGAAUAGACUACAACGUGGAACGCAUGGGGACUGAAGUCAAAGCAGCGGAUAAGGAACUCAAAGUGGCUACCAAUUACCAGCGGCGUACCACGAAACGAAAGAUUAUGCUCUUAUUAAUUAUCCUUGUCGCUGGAAUGAUUAUAGUAUUGCUCGUCAAACCCAAACGGCACGAUUCUCCAGCCCCGGAACCACCAGAGCCUCCAUCGAGCGAGAACCUACGUUUCGCCCGGACGGUCGAGUUCGUCCAUCGUCGAAAGAGAAAUCCGUCUUUGACCCGGAUCACAAGAAACAAAUGGAUUGAUCCCAACAUACACCGAUAACACCUUUCUUUCUUUACAGAUACCAUGUUAAUAGUAAUCCCCUUUAGCCUAGACAAAGAGCAAC